AUGACUCACCAAAGUCAUAGCAACAGAGAGGGCGAUGCUCUUGCAGCUGCAUCAGAAGCUAGCACCCCUUCAACAAGCACACUGGAUUCUGCUUCUGCAUCAGCAUCGAUAGAUGUCAAUGUUGGACCACAAGAUCACUCUGCAUCAUCACAAGUACAUACGCUGCUGUGGUCCAAGUCUAAAGUCUACGUCCAUCCCUCGCCGUAUGCCAAGCACAAUGUACCUGGCUAUCUCGCUCUCAGUAGGGCUGGCUCAGCCAAACCAGGGGCUAAGGUUCUUCUAUCUUUUCUGCCCGAAUGCUUGGUAGAGCAGCGUCAAGAGCUCGAAAAAUUUGUGCGCAUCGAGUACACUACCUCCGCCAAAGCAGGCGACGAUACCCAGCUCGAACCACGCAACAGUCUAGACGCUGUCGAAGAAGACGAGGACGAUCAAGACUCGAUGCUCAUUGCCGAGCCUCCCACCUCAUCUACCUAUGCAUUUUCGCUUCCGCUGUCCAGCAUUUACAGCUUUGCCAUCAAGACGCCCACCAUCAGUUCGUGGUACGGAACUGUCACCAUCAGUCAGGUCGGCGGCGUCGCCAUGCCAACGCUCCACUUUCACGACGACGAGAGCAAAAGUACUGUUUUUUCAAUGCACAGAGCCAAACAAACUGCCUCUGCCGACGCUGCCGCAGCUGCCUCAGUUUCCGCAAAAGACCAUGCCGAUGCCGGCUCCAGACUCUCCCUGCCACCAAGUCUCUCGUCGUGGUCGGCUGCAUCCUCUCAUCGCACCUCUCUCCGACCAACGUCACCCUCUCCCACCUGGGGAGGCGAUGAGCUUGUGCAGCAACUUCGCAAGUACGCCAACGUACAUCGCAGCGUGCUCGACCCCAACCUGUUCCUUGUCAAUCCUUCACGCGUCGACCUUGAAACUCACAGUACGCCGCUCUUUGACGAUGACGCCAUCGACAUGCCUAACUCGGACCCAGCCAAUGCUGCCUGGAGUCACGAUCUCUCGCAUAACGCCUACUCCAUGAGUCCACUGCAUCAAUCUCUGCCAGGCAACAGUACUCCGAGACGCAACAACGAACUCGCCAUGGACAACCUGACCGUCUUUGCCAAAAGCGCACGCAUGUCGGUCCUCUCCUCCUUUGCUAAUUUCACACAAAAGGCCCGCCACGCAUCGCAUACUGUACUAUCGCAUCCGCUUGCCAAACCAUACGUUCCACAUCUUCCCGGUCCUGUGCAGUCCUUUGCUCAAGCUGGUCCCGUGCCACUCGGCCCAAACGAAGGCGAGUGGGAGUGGCGUACCUCGAGCAUCGCUAACAAGAGCGGUACGGGCGAAUACUACGACAGUGCCAGAGUGUAUCUGGCUCGGUGGGCACGCCUCGUCGCUGAAGAGGGCGAGCGGAAUCGACGCAAAGAACAACGUCUUGGUGCCGCGAUUGACGACUCGCAUACAGAUACGUACACGACCCCGUCCAGCUCCUCCGGCAAUCGCACCGAGCGAAGCGAGUUGGGUGCAUUUGAGGUACUAGAGAAGAUAUACGACCUACCGAGGCCCACUUCGGAACGCGAGGCGCGGUCCGCAGACCUCAACGCUGACGGCGUACCAACACCCGCGGGUCUUGACGUGCAAGAAUGGCGCUCCUUGUUCGACAACAAGACCGGUAGGCCCUUGCAUCCGAUUACCGAGAUUCGCCAUCGUGUUUUUGUCAAUGGCCUCACGAAUCAAGCCAGGAAGCAUGCGUGGCCUUUUUUGCUUGACGCCACCCCGUUCGAAGCCACAUCAGAAUCACGAGCGAUCAUGUGGGAACAGCGCCAAGUCGAAUAUCACACUUACAAAGCGCGAUGGCAGACCGACGAGCAAUUGCUAGCUUCAGAUGAGUUCCGCGAGCAACAGCAUCGCGUACGCGUCGACUGUCUGCGAACAGAUCGUACCCAACCACUGUUUGCGCGCGAACCGGGUUUCGCAUCCGAUCCUGAUGCCGAUCCGAUGAAAGAUCCCAAUCCGCACACGGCGAGGCUCGGAGAGAUCUUGCUUACGUACGGUCUAUGGGAGGCAGAACAAUCGCUUGCCAGCAACUCGACUGAUGCAGGCGGCUCUAGCACAACAAGUGGACAGGGUCUACUAGCAGGCUACGUACAGGGCAUGUCGGAUCUUUGUUCGCCGCUCUACAUCAUUUGCGAGGGCGACGAGGUGCGCACGUUUUGGUGUUUUGUCGGACUCAUGGAACGCACCAAGUCCAACUUUUAUCGCGACCAAUCCGGGAUGAAGACGCAGCUCGUGCUCUUGCAGAAGCUCAUCUCGAUCAUGGAUCCAGCACUGUAUGCGCACUUGGAGAAGACGGAUUCGCUCAACCUGUUUUUCUGCUUCCGAUGGUUGCUAGUUCGCUUCAAACGCGAAUUCACAUUUGACGAGACGCUAGCGAUCUGGGAGGCAUGCUGGGCUGCCGAGCCAACAUCAGCGCCGAAACAAGUCAUCUCUACGACGCAGAAAGAGCUCGCGCAGGAAAAAAAGGCCGAAUGGGGCCUCAGUUCGAGCUUCCACCUCUUCUGCGCGUUGGCGCUACUCGAGCUGCACAGAGAUUACCUCACACGAUACCUCGAACACUUUGACGAGAUCCUGCAAUACUUCAACUCGCUCACUGGUGACUUUCACGCGAACACGACGAUCAACAAAGCAGAGGUGCUGGCAAAGAGCUUCCGCCAGAUCGUGUCACAUAGCGUUUCCUCGAACAGCGACAAACGCACCGACGGUAAGACGGAUGUUGGCAAACAGUCUGAUCGUGACCCAACACGUGUUUUGCACAUCUUGUCGGAGGACGAACUGAAGUACUUGCUCUGA